CUUCUCUGAAGUAAGACAGCUGAACUUGAGGGACAAAGGAAACCUAUAACUGUCCAGUCCCUCACAGUUCGAGCUGCUAGAGUGAACAGAACAGAACACUUGACUCAGAGAUCUUUGUAAUGGGUCCAGAAGAGAAACUUAACACCACGUUUGUUCGCCCUGCAAGGUUCUAUCUCAGUGGGUUUACCAACAUCCCUCAUGUGAAGUAUUACUAUGUGUUCCUGUGUUUUGUCUACAUCCUGACUGUUCUGGGGAAUGGCUCCCUCAUGUUAGUUAUUUACCUGGUGGAGGCCCUGCAUACUCCCAAAUACAUGAUUGUGUUUAACCUGGCGUUGGUAGAUUUGUGUGGCAGCACGGCUCUCAUACCAAAACUCUUAGACUCCUUUUUGUUUAACAGGAGGUACAUCGUCUAUGAGGCUUGUUUGAGUUACAUGUUCUUUGUUAUAUUGUUUGGAGGCUUGCAGUCAUGGACGCUUGUCACAAUGGCAUUUGACAGAUUAAUAGCGAUUUGCUUCCCUCUAAGGUACCAUAGUAUUGUUACUAAACAAGUUAUUGGUGUGAUGCUGAUGUUUUCAUGGGUUUUUAUUACAGGUUUAUUGACAUGCUUUUUAAAGCUAAUUGAUCGUCUUUCAUUCUGUGGAUCUUUGGUGGUGACAAGCUUUUACUGUGAUCAUCCCCUUGUUUAUCGCCUGGCUUGCAAUGACAAUUCUAUGAAUAUCCUAAUGUCGUAUAUUGGUUUGUUUGCCAUCAUCUGUAUACCUCCUAUUUUGAUAGCACUGACAUAUGUUUGUAUUUCAGUAGCACUGAAAAGGAUUGCAUCAGGAGAGGAGCGACUUAGAGCGUUCAAAACUUGUUCAUAUCAUCUGAUUCUUGUGGCUAUUUUCUUUUUGCCAGUUCUUUGCAAUAACAUAAUCUCAUUGUCUUCUUAUAUUCAUCCUAAUGUCAGGAUCAUUAACAACUCUCUGACACUCACCAUACCAGCAAUGCUUAACCCCAUUGUGUACGCUUUAAAGACAGAGGAAGUUCUUAACUCUAUCAAGAAGAUUCUGAAAAGAAAGAAGAUAAAUAAAGCUCGUAAAAAAUAAUGAAAUGUUUAUCAAUGCUAUUAAUCACACAUGCGAAGUGUCUUCAGUUUCUCCUACCAGUCUUUUACUUAUACAUUUUUUAACAUCAUGUUCUUUGCUAUAUAAUGAAACCUGAAAAUAUUGUUCCCUUUCUUUACUCAUGGUAAUGUGUAAUGAUUCCCCACAUAAUGAUGUCCCUGUUUUUGUAUUUAGACCUCUUCAACAUUUGGAUAGCUCACAUAUUGUCCUGCUUUUGUGUCUUUUCUUUGUU